UAAAACCUCCGUUAUUCUGGAUCUUUUAAAUAGACUUUUGGUCUUUGAGGGCAGCUUCUCCCCUCCUUGCUAAGCAUGAAGAAUUGCGGACAAUUCCCAGCACAACUGCUCCAGUAAGGCUUCCCUGUGACGAAUAAAAGACAUUUGGAGCCUCCACUAAUUGCUGCUGGUAACUGCUUACUCAUAAGUAGUAGCCUUCUCUCCUCCCCUUUUUGCCUAGUCACUUUUGUUUCAAGAUGGGUGUGACUUUUGAUUCCGCUCCCCACCCUCUUGUGUCACUCCUUCAGUUACUUUGAAUUGGAAUAAAAACUGCAGCAAACUUCCGACGCUGCCUCUCUGUGCAGACUUAACAAGACCUGGGACCUUCCCCCCCCCUCCUUUUGCUUCCCGCCCCUCCUUUGUGCAGGCAGGGAGAGAGGAGCUCCUUGACUUUUACACAUUAACUCGAAGAGAGGAAACAAUGGCCAAGGUCUGGUUGGGUGCAGCUGUUGGAUUUUACUUGUUGCAGCUUUCCUUAGCCCGGAUAGAUUUGAAUAUAAGUUGCAGAUAUGCAGGUGUUUUCCACGUUGAGAAAAACCGUCGUUACAGCCUUUCAAGAGAAGAGGCCGUUGAGCUUUGUAAAGCUCUCAACAGCACCCUUCCAACAUGGGACCAGAUGCAGAAAGCUUACGACCAAGGAUUUGAAACCUGCAGAUACGGUUAUAUAGAAGAAAAAAUUGUAGUUCCUCGACACACCCCUUAUACGCUCUGCGCAGCAAAUCACACUGGGAUAUACGUACUUUCGUCAAAUAUAUCCGACAAAUAUGAUACAUAUUGCUUCAAUUCAUCAGAAUCAAGGGACAUAGUUUGUGACCCCGUGGUAAAGUUAUACUCUAUUUGGCCUGAUGAAGAUAGCAAAAUAGAAAUAUACAAUGCUGAUGGAUCACACUAUAUUGAGGGAGAGAGAUUCACAAAACAGCCUCCCAUUUCUGAAGAUGACAAUAUCGGCGGCAGUGGUUCUGCAAAUGACAGAUCAACGACAGAUCCCAAUGUUAUCAGUCCGGGUAUCUCGUCACGUUAUCCUCAUCAUGCAGAUGGUGGUACUUUUCCCUCAAAAGAGCCUUUUGCGGAGAAGGAUGAAGAUGCAACUGAUGUUCCAAAUACAUAUGACGGCCACCAAGAAGGAGGACAUUCUAAAGACCAGCACCCCCAAAGUCCUAAUUUAGACUCACAUGAGAAGCAAGAAGAUCCAACAGAAGAAUACAAAACACCUGGACUUGAAGGGAAUAAGUAUGGCAGAAAAACUCAGCUUUCUCCUAGUAUCACUGGUGAAGAGUCAAAUAAUGGGAAGCGCCCUGAAAACUCUACUCAAGUUCGACAGGUUCCUGAAGAAUUCCCUUUGUGGUGGCAGUCGGAGGAACACAAAGAAGUCCGCAACACAACUUCCAGGAAGGCUGUCAGCCCUCAUCACAACUCACAUGAGGAAAUGUCCACCACUAUUGAUUUUAAGGAGGUGCACCAUCCCAUUGAAGGAACUUGGGAUAAGAGUUCUGAAGAACAUCAUGAUGUUGAUGAUGAUGAUGGUGGCGAUGAUGAUGAUGGUGAUGGUGAUGAUGAUGAUGAUCACAAUGGAGAAGGGUCUGGGCACUUAAAUCCUGAAACAGUUCUUGAAUGGAACAGCAGUGGUGAUAACGAACCUCGGCCAUCAAAAACCACUGUGGUCUCCACCAAAGAUGUCAAGCAUGAUGACGCCGCUCAUGAUUCAUUUCUGCAUGGUGUACACUCUGAAAAAGACAGUGAAGUCAAAUAUUCAACAAAUGGCACAAGGGAGGAUGUGCUACCUCUAGGUGAUGAUGAACAUUAUUCAACAGCUACUGCUGGGUCCUCCAGUGAUGAUUUCUUCAAGCAGGAAGACUCAACUCAGAAUCCACUAGAUGGUGCUCUCUCUGGAUUAGAAACUGAAGACACAUUACCCACAACCACGGCUUCAGACGUAUUGCAUCCAGCGCUUGUUCCAUCAAGUGAAAGAGAAAGAACUAUGGAGGAAGGAUCUUCCCACCACACAGUUCUAGCCUUCAAUGAAAGUGCUGGACAUGAAGAAUCACAUCAAGAUCAGUUAUCAACAGUGGGCAAACCUGGGCGGAGAAGUGGUUCUGCCACAAACAGAACGAUCAUUGGUGUCCUAGAAACACUUAUUCCUCAAAGUGAGAAGGAUCGUGACAAUGAACAUUCUCAGACAGCAGAUGAUGGGAUGAAAGUUGAAGAAUCCACUCAAGGCCCACCAUCUCAUGGCAUAUAUCCUGAAUGGUCCAAUGGAGAAAGAUACCCCACAAACUCAUCUAGCAAAGAGACACUGCCUGAAAUUAUUCAUCCAAGUGAAAAUGAGCAAAAAAAUGAAUCCAUUUAUACAGCAGUAGUCUCCAGUGAUAGCACUGACUAUGAAGAUGCCGGUCGGGAUACAAUGUUGCACAGUGAACAUUCUGGACAGGAUAAUGAAGAAAAACAUCUCACAAACACAUCUGGAAAUCAUUUGCUGCCUGGAAUUCUUCAUGCAGCUGAAAGUGAGCAUGAAAAUGAACGUUCAGAUACAGCUGUUGCCUCCAGUGAUAAUGGCAAGCAGGAAGACACCACACAAAAACCACAGUGGCAUGCAAUGCAUCCUGGGUGGGAAAGUGAAGAUGAAGAUACCACAAACACAACUAUGGAUAAUAUCCCACCUAUAAUUAUUCUUUCAAGUGAAGGAAAGCAUGAAAAGGAGACACAUCAUACAGCUGUGGUCUCCAAUGGUGGUAGUGACCAUGAAGAUUCUACUCAAGAAGCACAUCCUAGCCAGAACAAUGAACAUAGAAAUUCUUCAAGCAGGUCAACAGAUUAUUUUGUACCUGGAAUUAUUUCUUCAGUUGACUAUGUGCAUGAAAAUGAAACUCCACAUAUAGCUGUCAUACACAACGAUCAUGAAGACUCAACUCAACAACCAUUACCUCCCAUUCAUCAGCCAGGCUGGGAUGCUGAAGAAAUAUAUCCCACAAAUACUUCUAGAGAUGGUAUACCGAUGGGAGUUGAUUCAGAUAGUGAAAGCAAACAAACAGAUGUGGCCAAAGAAGAUUCAACCCCAGAACCAGUGAGGCAAUGGGGUCAUGAAGACAAAUACACGACGAAAUCAACAGCAGAUGUCUUAGUUCCUGGAAUUGUUCCUCGAAGAGGAAUAAGUCAAAAAAAUAAUACUGAUCAUACAGCAGUAGUCUCAAAGGAUGGAGCCGAAACUGAAGAAUCAACACAAGAUCCACAGUUACAUGGAUUGCGUCCUGAAUGGAGCACUGAAGAUGAGCCUGUUGUAAAUGGCACUCAAGAUUAUGUAUUACCUGGAGUUUUUCCUGAAAUUGACAGUGGUUCUGACAGACAUCCAUCAUCUCCUACUGCCAGUGUUAACCCAAAUGACCCGAAGAAGGGGUCCGGAAGAGGGACACACAUUGACCAGACAGGGGAAUCACCAAAAAGCCAGCCACGAAUGUCUGACAUACCAGAUUGGCUUAUUGUAGUUGCUUCUCUCUUGGCACUGGCAUUGAUACUUGGUGUUUGCAUUGCUGUGAACAGUCGAAGGAGAUGUGGGCAGAAGCAAAAACUUAUUAUCAACAAUGGCAAAGGAGGCAUGAAUGAGACAAACAAGGGUGGAUUGAAUGGAGAAGCCAGUAGAUCUCGGGAAAUGGUUCAUUUGGUGCAUGAUGAGAAGCCAGAAAACCAAACAGAUGAAUUCCAGGCAAUUGAUGAAACACAGAACCAACAAGAAGUGGCCUUGAAGAGUGGUGUAUAAGAGAGCUGCGCCAAUCCAAUUUCAUCAGAGGUGAAGAAACAAAAAAAACAGUGCACGGAACUGGGACUAGAACUCACAAAUGCAAUGAGCUACUGAUGUCUUUGAAGCAUAAUUAA